CAAACCAAAAAAGCAAUCCACAAAAUGAAAAGAGCCAAACAUUGGCUUUUGUUCAUACCAGCGGCAGUGCUGCUAUUGAGUCUAUUGGCCUCCACGGAUGCUGCGCUGCCCUUCAAGAAGGUUUCUAUUGCCAAAACACCCGCCUCCACAACAAGCAAAACAACAACAACAACAACAGAAACAUCGGAAACUCAAGAAACGGCUGCUUCAGCCGAUGAUGAAGAGCAGCAAGUGCCACCCAGUGGAGAUGCAACUGAUAAUGCAAAGGAGGAUAAUGUCACGAUAUCAAAGAACUCCAAGUUAACGGGAAUACCUCAAAUUGAUUAUAUCUGGGAUCCAAAUUUACCCAGAGAGCUAAGAGGCUAUAAUCUAUCGAGCUAUCCAUUUUUAUCGACUGUACCACCCCAAGAUGAGAUCCAUUUCAAAUGUGAGGGACUUCACGAUGGUUUCUAUGCCUCCAUCGAAUACAAGUGUCAAAUCUAUCAUCACUGUGUCUAUGGGAUACGUCACGACUUUCUGUGCGCCAAUUUUACGGCAUUCGAUCAACGUACGUUCAUUUGCCAUUUCGCCUCCGAUGUGGACUGCGAGGGAUCACAGAAAUAUUGGAAUAGAAACGACGAAUUGUAUAUGGCCACCACAACGACAUCAACAUCAACUUCAACCACAGAGCCUCCACCCACCCAACCUCAUAGACGUCGAGGGCCACAGCGUCCUCAGCGAAGGCGUCCCUAUGAUCAUCGACGACCCAUAGAUGAUUAUUAUUACGAUGAGGAAGAGGAGCAGCAGCAAUACGAAGACGAUUACUAUGAAGAGCGCUUCAAUAGACGUCAGAAAACGAAGAGGCAGCGUCAUAGAAAGCCCAUCAAAGAGGUCGACUAUGACGAUGAAUAUGACGAUGAGAAGCCCGCUGCGGCCCCGCCGCCACCGCCACCACGACGCAAUCGCAAUCGUUAUAGGGAUGAAGAUGAAGAUCCAUUGGACGAAGAUUACGAUGAUCGACGUGGAGGAAUUCGUCGACGUAAGCCAGCUACAGCUGGACGCAAGAUAUCAGCACGCAAACCGCAGGCAGAGGGACGACGCAGCUUCAACGAGGAUCGUACAUCAUUGCUCAAUCGUCGACGUUCGAACGAGAAACGUUUGGGUGGCGGCACCACACCCAGUUCGCUUUCAUCUGCCGCUCUGGACGAUCUUGAUGACUACGAGAAACCCUAUGCGGAUGUUGACCAAGAAGAGGCAGCCGAAGAGCAAACGCCCCAGAAAAUAAAAACAUCCACAGCCAAAUCAUUGACGGAAUUCAUAACACCGAAAGCAGCUGCAGCUUCGGUUUAUGCACGUCCGCGGGCUCCGCCACGUAUAGCCCGGCCAGUGCCCAUAAAUGAGAAAAAGAAAUACUCCUAUCCAGUGCAAAAGACAAAUACAGCUACAACAACACCAAAAUCCGAUUUGGAUGACGACUAUUAUCAACAGGAAGCUCAACAAGAGGGAGCGGCAGAUGAUGAAUAUGAGCAACCGUUGCCAGUUAGAAGCACAUUGGCACCUUCACGCCGGCGACCAGCUGGACCCACAAGGAAUCCCCUACGUAAGCCAGUGACGGAGAAGAAGGUUGCUCUUGAAGAGGAUUACUAUGAAGAGCCACCCACAACGCGUCGUAAGCAACAACAGCAACAGGCAAGACCUCAGGCCAGAACCAGAGCACCUCCACCAUCGUCGGCAGCUGAUGUCGACUUUUUGGAUGAAGAAGAUCCACCAAUAAGAGGCCAACGAGUGAGGGCAAAGCCAGCUCCACGUAAGAGUAUACCGCGUCCACGUCAGCCCAUAGUAGAAGCGGAGGACAUUCAUGCGGAUGAUAAAGAUGAAGCUGAAGCGCCUCCAUCGCAACGACCAAGAGUAAACGUAUUGGCUAGAAGGAAACAGACAAGACAAAGAAUCGAACCCCAAGAGCCUGUCAAGGAGCAGCAGCAGCAGGAGGAACAGCAGUCGCAGCACGAUGAUCAGGAGCCGGCAGAGGAACUGGAGCCAGUGAAGCCCUCAUUGCGGCCAUCAGCGGUACGUGUGGUCAAACGUCCAUUUUUGCCCUCACGUGGUGGUAGUCCUUAUUUACCGCGUGGCCUGCAACCAGUGGGCGUGGCUUUGAAACCAUCAUCAUCACCAGCUCCACCGACCACUCAGAGUACACCCAUUGAUAUGGGCUCCACCAUAUCAGGUGUUCGUCUGCUCGAACAUGGAGCGCCAUUGCUAAGAAGUCAAAAUAACAACAACAAUGACGAUGAUAUUGAUGUGGCUGAUGAUGAUGAUGAUGUUGAUGAUGCCGCUGAUCGUAUUCUCAAUGAGAGGCGCAAACAAGCACCGCCAUUAUCUCGAACAACAUUGCCACCGCGCAGUGCUUUGCCGCCAGCCACGCCCAAACGUAAUCAAGAGCCACAACGUCCCAAACUUAAUUUGGAUGAGCUCUAUGAGAAUGAUUACGAUGUGACCUUAAAUGAUGCACUAGAUCCUACGCUUAAACCGUUAUCCACACAUUCGCAUACGCAUUCGCAUCCACAUCAACAUCCACAGCAACAACAGCAGCAACAACAACAACAGCUUCAAUAUCGCCCCUAUGCCAGUGCCUACAAUAAUCCAUUUGCCUAUCAGCCGCAGCAACAGACUCAGUCUCAGCCUCAGUCUCAGCCUCAGCCUCAGCCUCAGCAAUCAUUAUCCUCAUUAUCCGCUUCAUCAUCACCAGCAGCUGGUGGCUAUCAUAGUGAUUCCUAUUUCUCAUCGACAGAUAUACGCCGGCGGGCUAUUGUCGGCCCAUCGCCGCAAGGGACGCGUUCACAUCGACACGAAUACCCUGCUGCCGGAGGAUCAGCCGCAGCAGUAAGGGUCGCCCAGCAUUUCUACGAUGACUUUGCCUAUUAGUCUGUUUGUCUUUGUUCACAGAUCUCGUACACUGUGAAAUCAAGUUGUAAAUACAAUAAACACA